AAAUAGAUAUAAUGUACUGCGGAAGAUUUUUGUAAAAAAAUGAUUACAUUUAUCCAGAAUUUGGAGAAUAAUACGUUCCGAGAAGUAUUCCACAUUUGGUACCUAUGGUUGGUGAUUGGCGUUCAAUCAGAAGGUACAGGCCUAAUAACGGUGCUCCUCGAGGCGAGGGCACUUCAACGAGGUGGCCUCGGUCCGAUCGUAGUCCAUUGUGGUCCUAGGACAGGACGCACUGGCACGCUAAUAGCUCUCGAUCUAGGAAUUAGACAAUAUGAAAUUACGGGGAUCGUGGACGUGCCAAGAGUCGUUUACAUUAUUAGGAGAGACCGGGCUGGCUCAGUUCAGACCAAGGAGCAAUAUGCUUUUAUAUAUAAGGCACUAAACUUGUAUUCAACAAAAUUCGCCAGUGGCGUGCUAGAGUCAACUAGAGUGAAGCAGAAGUUCGUCGAAGUCAAGAUUUGCCACAAUGGACAUCACUUGACGAAAAUCGACUGUUUGGUUAGCAAAUAGUGUGUCACAUACGUUGAAACCUUUAUCUAAAAAGAUUUCCAUAUCCUGACAGUAAGUGCGCAGGUUACUGCUCAUAAAGGAAGUAACUACGAAGAUGCCAAAUGUUGUCCGAUUGAAGAAAGAGGUAUUCUAACAUUGCUCUUAAAAAAAAGGACGCAGCUAAGAGACAAAAUAGUGGUCACGAAAUAGAUAUAAAACAGGGUGAUUGUGUGUUUUAUUAGAAUACUGGAUAUUACAUAUGAUGACAUGUCAGAUUGUGAAGAUUGUUGGAAGAACUAAACGUUAGCUAAGGUAGAGCGUGAAAUUAAUUUGUGAUAUGUAAACUCUUAGAUUACUUGUAAGUUUGCUGAUAUUGAUGCAGUUUAUUUCAAUGCUGAUUUGUGGUUUUGUCAGUGCAGAAUUUUAGGGAUUUCCAAAGAUCUCUUUUCUCUGCAGAAGAGCAAUUUUCGCUACUUUUAUAAGUAGAACAAGGUAGAACAAUUCAGAUUUACUUAUAUGUAUGCAAAUUAUAUAUUAUAUUUAAUGCAUUAAAUUUGCGUACAUAAUAAUUAAUUAAUUUUUUGCAAAAGUAAAUAGUUUAAUAAAAUUUAACUUUAUUAAAAUUUAUUAACCAAUAUUCAAAAAGAGGAAUCUUCUUUCAAAUUUCUUAAACAAUAGCAAUAUUUUUAAAGGCAUCCCUAAGAUUAAUAAGAUAUUACAUUGAUAUUAUUUGUGUGACUCACUGAUAAAUGAAAUAUCGAAGAUUAAAAAUUGAAAAAGAAACGAAUUUAGUUGAAAUUUUUAUAUUGAGAUUAAUAUUAUAAAAAAUUAAUAUUUUUAAUUUUUUAUUAAUGAUGUAAAUGUAAUGCGAUCAAAGUCGCCUUUAGAAAAUUUGGGAAUAUUUUCAAUUUAAUAUUUUAUUUAAUUAACUUUGUUUUAAGUGGGUAUCGCUAUUUAGAAAUAUCUUAAGUCAUUUUAUGAAUUAAAAAAAAAUUGAAUUUUCUAAUUUAAUAAAGAGA